AUGCAAUCGUCGUUAGACCGAAACUCCCCAUCAUCAUCAUCGGCUUCAGCUUCAACUUCAACUACAGCUUACUCAACUAUCAAUCCUAUCGACGACAGUGACGGUUAUACUUAUAGUAAUAGCAAUAGUAAUAGUGAAAGUCUCAAUAAUAUCGAAUUGGAAAAUCCAACAACAGGGAAUAAAACUCCAUCGAUAUUUUAUCGUAGUUUGAUUCAACCUAUACCCAUUCCACUAAAUUUGGAUUUAAGAAGACUAUUAACUCAACCCAGACCUAUUAGUCCAUCUCCUACCAUACCUGCGCAAAAUCAAAAACAAAAGCAAAAGCAAAAGCAGACAAUUGAUAACAAUAACAUCAGUGGCAGUGGUAGUAUCGGUUCAGAUUUGAUAAAACAAAGAUCAACUUCGACUUCACCUUCACCUGGAAUAGGUACCAGUAGAAGGAGUAAUACUAAUACCAACAUGAUAGAAACUCGUCAACAACCUGAUCCAUGGAAUGGUAGGAUGCCUACACCCCCCUCUACGCCCAAUACGGGUAAUAGCGAUAAUGGUGAUUCGGGAUAUUCCACCAUUCUGUUGAUUUUCAUACCCGUCAUGGUGGUCGUCUUGACGGUUUUGUUAGGUCUGGUGGUGUUUUUGGUGGCUGUGUUGUAUAUGAGGAGAAGGAAGGGUAUCAGACUAACAGAAGAUGGUGGACCACUCGAUCUAUCGAAAUCAGAUGGAGUGAUCGGAGAAGGUGGAGUAGAAGGCGUAGAGUCUAGGUGGUUGGAAACGCUUGAUCCGGAUGUGAAAGAGGCUUAUAAACGGGCAAAAGACUGGCAAUUGCAAUAUCCACCUGCUUCAGUACCAACCGACAUCACACUAUCUCAGUUCUUAUCGAUUCAAGAAAAGGGAGUAUCAGCAUGGUCAUUCGAACCGGAUUACGAAGACAACUUGUCCCUAUAUGUCCAAUCACGUACCGAAAUUACAUUCUUAUCGGACGGACCCGGUAUGCCAGCCAGAGAAGGAGGAGGAAAUUCAGUCAUGGCUAAUCUACCUCUACCGAAACUGAAUGAAGUAUACUACUGGGAAGUGAAGAUGUACGAUAAACCACCUACUACCGAAGUUGCUAUCGGAUUAGCUACCAAACCAUAUCCAUCGUUUAGAUUACCAGGAUGGAACAAGUACUCCGUGGCGUAUUUCGCCAGCGACGGUUUCAAAUCGCACAAUUACCCAUUUACCGCUUCCUCUUACGGGCCCGGACUUAACGAAGGCGAUGUAUUAGGUGUAGGAUACAGGCCACGUACUGGAACGGUAUUCUUCACGAGGAACGGAAGGAAAUUAGAUGAUGCGUAUACUGGAUUACAGAGGUUGAACUUGUUUCCUACAAUCGGAGCGAAUGGACCUUGUACAAUCCAUGUGAAUUUGGGUCAAGCAGGUUUUGUAUUCAUAGAAGCGAAUGUGAAGAAAUGGGGAUUGGCACCUAUGGUCGGUACACUCGCUCCACCACCUGCAUACGGUAGUGAGAGAGGAUCGAUCUUGUUAGAUGCUGGUUAUGGUACCCCUCACUCCAGCAAUAACGGUACGAACCUUGGUGGAGUGAAUGCGUUGCUGGAAGCUGCCAGAUCGAGAGGACAUGGACAUGGACAUCAACAUCAAUUGGCCAGGAGGAAUAGGACUCCUAGGAGAUCAAGACAAACUACCAAUAAUUCAGUUGCUGGGGUAGGAUCCAUACCUGCCCAUCCGAGUCCAUUGAGAGAAGCAAACUCCAAUGCACGUGGGAACGAAGCUGAACCUGGACCUGGACCAUCUACGUCUAAUUCGAGAUCAAGACGAACAUUUGGUCGACACCCUUCUUCCUCUUCUGAUUACGUUUCACCAACGGAUUUACCCACUAAUCAGACACGUGUCCCGCCAUCGGACGUUCAUUCAGAAGAAGAUGAAUUUGAAUCUGCGUCAGGAUCGGGGUCCGAAGAUGGUCUAGUCGGACAAAGAGAUCGAGAACAAUCACCAAUCGAACAUAAUCCACCUACGCCAAAUUUACUUGAUAUAUCAAUGCAUUCAUUGAGAAACAAUGGUCAGUAUUUCGGUGGUAGGUAUGGGAACCAUACCGAGGAAGACAUCGAAGGUGAAGGUGAAGGUAGUGGAAGUGGAUCUGGAAGUGGAGAAAGUGAUUCGACAGCUAGACCUUCCAGGUUAACUCUAGGGAAUGGAAGUCCACCACCCCCUGGUUAUGCACCUUUAGAUCCCCAUGUUUAUGCUGCUGGGCUGCCGGGUGAUUUACCUGAAGAAAUGGUCAAUCAAGCUAUAGCAGCUAUGAGCGGAGAUUCGAAUAUCACUCCUGCACAAAUCCAAGCUGCCGCUCAAGCUGUUACAGCUCAAGCUCAAGCCAAUGCUCAGGCUAUAUCUGCACAAGCUCUAGCACAAGCAGGUGGCAACAGUGGUAAUACGAAUGGGAAUACGAGUCAAGGUAUAUUCUCAUGGUUCAGAGAAAGGAUCUAA